AUGAAGCGCAAGCUCAAAUCACAGACUGCUGAAGUAGUCGAUGCAUCAUCGGCGGAAGAGCAGUCGCUCAAUUUCAUGAAAAAGCAGCGUUCAAAGCUCAACCGCCGCCGGCGGACUCGCAUCUCUCCUAUAGUUCAAUUUUCCGGCUCCGAUUCGCUUUUCACCGCGUUGACCGAGGUCUCGUGCGAUUCCAGCAUCGCCUCCGUCGGCAACCAGAAUCAGCCGGAGUUCCGAAUUGAGCUUCCGAGAGUCGUUACGCGGUCGUACUACCGGAAGAGGUUCAAAAAUGCGAGCGAACACUGCAAUCAGGCGCCGGAGUUGUCGGAUAUUUCAUGCGUGGAGUCUUGCUCGGGAGCGAACGGAGGUUUGAAGCUGAAGAACAAUGAUGUGGAGGAAUUAGACUCUGGAAGUGGAGUGUUCGAGAAAUCUGAAGUUUCCAGUGCUCCACGGCGUUCAUUAUCCGAGAUCUACGCGCAUAAAGUGAAGGAAGACGAGACAUCUGAAGUUACCCAGCAUGAGUUCGUGCUCGCGAUUCCGGCUGUUCAGAAAAUUUUCCGUCAAGAGAUCUCAAAUCCGGAGGCUGAGAAAGGCAACUCGCUUGAAAGUCGCAGGGAAGCACUUAAUUCCGACGAGAAAAAGGUCAAAAUCACUGAAGACGGAGCAGUAUCCGAAGAGCUGCGACUUUCGGAGCUCGCCCCGUUGGAUAUUGAUCUGGCUUGCUCGGAGCAGUUCUCUAGCGGCGGGGUUAUAGACGUUAGUGAGGAAGAGGUCUACAGUUCCUCGUCAUCGGAUAUUUUCUAUGGAAUUUCGGAUUCAGAGUUUGGAAGUUCAGAGUAUACGCCGUCCUUGUGGAGUUACAAUUCUGGAAGUCAAUUUUCUGAUAAUUUGAUCGGAGGAGAAGGGAGUUAUUCGCCUACUUUUGAAUUGUUCAAGCAGUUGAAAGAGCAGUUCUGCAAAUCAACCAUUUCGUUAAAAGUCUUCGACGAUCAAAAUCCUCAUGAAAUAUAUGUAAUGGGACUAGAAGAUGAACAAGAUAAAGAGAGCUACAGGAUGAUGUGGAAAAGAGAGAGGAGACAGGAGUAUGUGCACGACUAUGCUGGGGAGUACAGUUUUGGCACUGCCUAUGGCAAACUUGUUAUUCAACAGCGCCUUCGUAUGGUCCAAUGGAUUAUUGAGGAAGCCAACAGCAAGGAGCUCCAAAAGGAAACCAUGUUUUUAGGAGUCAAUAUUUUUGAUAGAUUUCUGAGCAAAGGAUACUUUGAAAAUGUGAGAAAUCUGCAGAUUGCUGGCAUCGCUUGUCUAACUCUGGCGACCAGGAUUGAGGAAAAUCAACCCUACAACUGCAUACGUAGAAUGACAUUUGAUGUGGGAGGCACAAUAUAUUCAAGGAGCGAGGUUGUGGCUAUGGAGUGGGUAGUGCAGGAAGUCCUUAACUUCGAAUGCUGUCGGCCAACCUUGUACAAUUUCUUGUGGUUCUACCUUAAAGCAGCAAGAGGUAACGAGAAGUUGGAUCAGACAGCCAAAUACCUAGCCGUACUCACGCUUAUGGGAGACGAGCAGCUGUGCUAUUGGCCGUCAACUGUUGCAGCUGGACUCGUUGUUCUUGCUUCCAUCGCUACAAAUCAGGAUGCAUCCUGCCACGUCGUUGCAUCUAUUCAUGCCAGAAACAAGGACACUGAUUUACCUGAAUGCAUAAAGAGCUUGGAGUGGCUGGUGAAGUACCUCUGA